CUCCUCUUUCACCUUACUCGUGAGAUCUUGCCAGAGCUCUGACUUCGAAAUGGCCCCCAUAUCAUUUCUCGACUGCCCCCAAGAGGUGCAGCUCAACAUCACCGAAUUUAUUUCCCAAACCGAUCUGGCCAAGCUCUCCAUGGCCUGUCGCGCCCUGUACAGCCUCACCAAGCCUCUAAUUUAUUCCUCUGUCAAAUUUGAAUGGGCGAGGGAGUUCCACCCGCCCAUCACUCAAUUACUCCAGUUACUCCGAACACUGCUAGAAGGACCGGACUUAUGUCCUCUGAUACGUCAUGCCGACUUUGAAGGUUAUGGCUACAUCGACGAAAUCGGCUGGUAUCGCUCAGAUUGGACAGAAGAGACUCCCGAUCCGCCACCUGUCAUCCCAGAGCUUCCUACCAGCAAACUCUCGGGGGCCAUAGGGAAGACAGGCGUUUCGAAGACUAUCGCCGACCAGUGGAAUGACAAGGUCCAAUCAGGAUCUCCUGAAGCUUCGGCCGCAGUUCUUGUUUCUUUACUACCAAAUCUGGAACGUCUUUGUCUUUCCUCCAAUUGGACCAACGACACGCAUUUCCUGGGGAGUAUGUUGCGGACUGCUCUAUGUGAAAUGCCUCAGCGCGUGUCAAAGGCAGGUUUGCCUUCUUUUACGUCGUUGAAGCGCGUAUCGCUUGCACAAAUGUUCGACGAAGAAAAUCACCUCGAUCCAAGUAAUACAGCAGAUGCCCUGGCGUUGUUCUACCUGCCGAAUAUCGAGGCCCUGUCAGUAUCUGUCGACAACCCCACCAGUUUCUCUUGGCCUUCCCCUUCCCCUCCAACUCCAACGUCCCUAAAGUCGCUCGAGCUCUUUCGGCUACGAGAGAGUCGCCUGGCACCAGUUUUAUCAGUAACAACGAACUUGAAGAAGCUACGAUACAACUGGCUGUACCGUCCUGACCUCGACGAGGAGGUCAGCAAAGAGGUUGUCACGUUGGAUAUAAUGGCAGAAGCCCUACUUGAGGCUAAAGACUCACUUGAGGAGCUUGAAAUCAAAGCAGAGAGUCUCCCUGCACUGUCGCAUGGGGAGUACGAGCCGCCUGGCGUCACGUUCCAUGGAUCAAUCAUUCAACUCCGUGAGAUGCAUAAGCUGAGAACUCUUCAUAUACCUUGGACAUUUCUCACAGGAAUAAAAGGCUUUUCAACCGGACCUGGACUCAUCGGGGCUGCAGUUCCGCCUAAUGUUGAACAUUUGGCCUUGGAUGGUUACUUCACGUGGUCUGAGCAUGAUGACUAUGAAGAUGAUCCAGAUAAACUGAUGGUUGAAGCUUUUGCUAAGGAACUCGAAAGCGGCGCUUUGUUACAUGCGAAGUCAUUGAAGAGCGUUUGCUUACCAGGAUCCAUCUAUCUUAUUGGGAUGUCGGACGUCUGUGAGAAAAAGAUGAGAGUCCUUGAGGAUCGAUUCGGAUUGGCAUUGAGCUAUGAUAAAAGAAGAACGUGAAGCUGCUUCAUCUUAUGGCUUGUAUAUCUAGAUUUCAUUCUCUUCUAUUCGAUCAUUUCCGAGCUUCGCUAUGACACGGUGUAUAACAUGAACUUGAUGUUGAAGCUCUUAUUGAAGAAUACAUGUAACUGAAUCUACCUGAAUUAAGACAAUGGGAGAGCUAGUAUUUACUCCCCAUCCCAAAUAAUAUGAUUUCUAGU